AUGGAGCGUUUCCCACUUCUUCCCUUUGCGAGAGAAGCCCGUAUCGAUGCCAUCUCUCUCGAGUCUCUGGAAGUGUCCCACGACAAGACUCACGAACGUGUCGCGCACCAGGUGCUGAGCUCCAAAGUCCUCGCUGCUGAGCUGGCUGCAUGCAUCCGCUCUUUGAUACCCCUGAUCAUGCCAGCUUCAGACAUACCAGCGUCUUUGGACACUGCACAUUCUAAUGAUCCCACACCCAAGUCUGACUCGAAAGCACAUGCCCAUGCCCCUGAGGAGACAUCCAAGCACGAGACCAAGGCGAAAGAGACGCCCAGGUCCGUCAGUGCCACUUUGUCAUCUCGACCCAGGAGCACAAAGACACGUAGUGAAACUGGUGCUGCUGCUGCUGCAGACGAGUACGAGAGCGACGAUGGAAUGGGGAACACGGACAUGACAUGGGACCGAGCCAAUCUAGACGCCAUGGUAGCUUCAGGCAGCGACACAGAAAGUGACUCGGACAGUGAUUCGCAGGACCAUGCGCGGAAGAAGCGGCCGCGUGACUCUGAUGAUGAUGGCGACGACGACAUUGAGACAGACCACCAAGAUGCUUUUCUUCCUAGUCUCAACACAGGGUUUAUCCCCGCUGCGGAUGGCGAUGACUGGAGUGACGCCGAGGCUGACUAUGCAGAUACAGGCGGCAAGGGACCAGCCAAGUCGCAACGCAAGAACCGUCGGGGCCAGCGAGAGCGCCGAGCGAUCUGGGAGAAAAAGUACGGCCGCCAUGCAAAUCACCUGAAGCUACGUGAAAAAGAACCACGCAAAGCUACGAAGCGCACACCGAGAGACUCGGUGCGCGAAGUCGAGUCCCGACGUGAUACACGCACCACCCACCAUGACCUGGUGUCAACUCCGUCGCACGCGCGUGCCAAGCGAGAGGAACGAACCCGAACGAAAGAUGAAUCGCAACCAGGGAUGCAAGCCGCGCGAGCAGCUAGCUCUGCCCACUCACACCACGUCCCACCGGCUGUCCAUCCCAGUUGGGAAGCCAAGCAACGAGCCAAAGAGGCCCAACAAACGGCCAAACCGCAAGGCACGAAAAUAGUCUUUGAUUAG